GAAGAAGAAGAAGACCGUUAUCUCCGCCAUUAGACCGCUCUUGGUUCGCUUUAAUGGUGUCUUCCAGAUUCAGAAACGCAAACUUUAUUCUUUUUCUGCUUCUUCAUCUUCUUUUUUAAAUAGCAUAUACAUCAUUAUGUAUUUAAAACAGUCUUAGUCUGCAUAAAAAGCUCUCUGUUGGCAUCAAGUGGUUGUGUUAACAGUCUGUUGGGUGUGGUUCAGAAACGAACUUUAAGUAAGUUAUUAAUAAUAUCUGUCUAAGUCUGAUUUUACUGAAAUCUUCAACAUGAUGAAGAGCGCUUCCAGAUGCUUUCCGAUUGUUCUGCUAUUGUGCGGUGUGUUUGGUGCUGAUGAAGUGAAGCCAGUGUCAGUGAUGGAGGGGGAUUCUGUCACUCUAAACCCUGAUCUCACUCAAAUAAAGACAUUUUAUCUGAUGGAGUGGAGGUUUGGAGAUCCAGUCAUUGCUCAAAUUGAUGGAAAAGACAUCUCGUAUCCCAGUCACACUGAGAGAUUCAGAGGCAGACUGCAGCUGGAUCAGACUGGAUCUCUGACCAUCAAGAACAUGAAAACCAAACACUCUGGACUCUAUACACUACAGAUCAGCCACAGUGCUGGGACCGCAGAAAGGAAAUUCAAUGUUACUGUCGAUGAGUCUGCAUCUGAUGCUGUUAAAGCUGAAAUGACGAGUGUUUCAUUGAAGGAGGGAGAUCAUGUCACUCUUCAGACUGAUGUUACUCAGCUAUCCGGAGAUGAGCUGAUAGUGUGGAGGUAUGGAGAUGAAGGAAAACUCAUAGCUAAAGCUGAUAUAGAGGCUAAGAGCUCACCAUUAUAUUAUGAUGAGAGAUUCAGAGACAGACUGGAGCUGGAUCAGACCGGAUCUCUGAUCAUCACAAACACCAGAACCACAGACUCUGGAUUUUAUGCGGUGAAGAUCAGCAGCAAAAAACAGACGUCACACCAGAAAUAUGUUGUUACCAUCAGUGAAUCAGGUCUGUCUUCAGGUGCUGUAGCAGGGAUUGUUGUUGUUCUGCUGUGUGUUGCUGCUGCUGCUGCUGCUGGUGUGAUUUACUAUCGCUGCAAGAUCUCUGAACUACAAAAGCAAACAUUGACAGUGAAAGAGGGAGAUCCUGUCACUCUGAAGCCUAAUAAAGAAAUAAAGAAAGAUGAUGAGAUAGAGUGGCAGUUUGGAGAUAAAAAGCAGCAGACUAGCAUAGCUGACAUCAGAACAGAGACCGGAGAGAUCGUUACAUAUGACUAUGUUGCUGGUGAGAGAUUCAGAGACAGACUGGAGCUGGACAAGACGACUGGAUUUCUGACCAUCAGGAACAGCAGAACUGAACACUCUGGACUCUAUACACUACACAUCAGAUCCAGCGGUGGAGAUUCAAAGCAGAGAUUUGUCCUCACUGUCAAAGAAAAUGUGGAGGUGAAAUCAGUAGAAGGAGACUCUGUCACUCUAAAGCCUGAUACUGAAAUACAGAGAGAUGAUCUGAUGCUGUGGACGUUUGGAGAUCAAGACAGUCUCAUAGCUGAAAUCAGAGGAGAGACUGUAGCGAAAUAUGAUGAUGGUGCUGGUGGGAGAUUCAGCGGCAGACUGGAGCUGAACGAGACUGGAUCACUGACCAUCAGAGACAUCACAGCUCAACACACUGGACUCUAUAAACUACAGACCAUCAACAGCAGCAGAGGGACCUUGUGCAAGAAAUUCAGGGUUUACAUGCCAUGUUCCUCAGGAAAGCCAGUGAAUAAAUCAGCGUUGGUAAAGAUACCGCUGCUGGGUAAACAAGUUCCUGAUGGAGUGAAAGAGCAGGAGAAGAAGAGUUCAGUUUAACAACAUAAGCCCCGCCCACUCCUGUCAAUCACUCUGACAUCAUCCGCUCCAGCUCCAACACAAACAUGCUUCUGCUUUAAUGAGCCUCCAGACUCCGUCCAGAGAACCUGUUGUUAUCAGUCUGACUCUCACAGAUCUGAUUCUGUGUGACUGGAGACAGUGAGGGUCAGAAAGUGCUUUUUAUAAGAUGUUUUACCGCAGCUGUAUUUCUCUAACCACUGCAUGUGCUGAUUUUAUAUCAUUAACACCAGUUUAAUGUUUAUGAUUACAGUGUGUCUCCAAAUCUGAGAUCACAUGAUCUUCUCCUUCGUGUGUGUAUAGUGCCUUUGUAUUCAAGCUGAAGCUCUUCAAAUAGCCUUAUUGCACUUGUAGCAAAACAGAUGGAAAAACACCUUUGUUCAGUUCUAGUAGUGAUAUGAUACACGAGCUUUGUGUUGAAUAAUAUUGAUGUGAGAUACUGAUAUGCGAUGAUCUUAUAUCUGAUCAUUUCUGUCGUCUGGUGGACAAACACUGAUACUGCUUUUGCUUCCUAACAACUGUUUAAACAUGCAACGCAUAAACAAUAUACCUAUACAUAUAUAUAUAUAUAUAUAUACACGUUUGAAUGAGUUAUAUACCGUAUUGACCCGAAUAUAAGACGAUGUUUUUUCCUUGGAAAUACAUCUGAAAAAACGCGUUCGUCUUAUAUUCAGGGUCUAGACCAGGGUUCCUCAGAUCUUAUCCUGGAGGUCCAAUCCACUGCAGAGUUUAGCUCCAACACUGAUCAAACUCACCUGUCUGUGAUUUUCUAAUGAUCCUGAAGACAUUGAUUAGCAUGCUCAGGUGUGUUUGAUUAGGGUUACAGCUAAACUCUGUAGGAAAGUGGAUCUCGAGGUCCAGAUUUGAGGAGCCCUGGUCUAGACUUUGACAUGUCAAUAAUACACCCACAACAAUAGGUGGCGCCAAAAACGCAUAAAACGAGUGUGCCAUGAAAUAUGUAAUGUGUGUUGUAAAGAUCGCGAAUGAAAACAAAUGAAAAAGAAAAGCUUACAGCAGCAUGAUCAUGACUGUAUGUUAGUCCGAUGGGAACAAACUUCCUCUGUAAGUGAUUUUAAAACAUAAGACAGUACCCAGAUUUGAAGACUACAAUAAGAUUUCACGUCUACUGAUAAUAACAUUUUGGUAGGCUACUAUGAGAUUGAUAGCCUAAUUGUUGUAUAAUUCAGAUGGGCUACCUGUUAUUUCAAUGGUAUAUCAAAAUGUUCCAAUGUCAUUGUUGGAACAUUUUACCAGUAUUUACCAUACUUUCAAAACAAAAAUUAAAAUUGGAAAAAUAUGCAAUAUGAAAAUAAUUUAAGAAUAAAUGUGUUUUACAGAGAGAGAAAAAAAAAGAACAAGAUUUGGUUUUCAAAAAGCCUUUUUCCAACAGGUACAUCUGGAAAAAGGGGGUGAAUCUUAUAAUCAGGGUCGUCUUAUAUUCGGGACAAUACGGUAAUCUCAAUAAAUAAUAAAAAGGUCAAAUGUGCAUUGCUUCAUACUGUAUGUACACAAUCAAUUCUUACACAGAAAAAAAAACAAUCACAGUAAAAAUGAAAAUGAUCCUGUAGUUGUGUUGGUCAUAAUAAACGAUCAGAAAUCUUGGUGUAAUCUUUGAUGACCAGCUGACCUUCAAAGACCACAUUGCAAAGACUGCUCGAUCUUGCAGGUUUGCACUACACAACAUCAGAAAGAUCAGGCCCUUUCUGACGGAGCAUGCUGCACAACUUCUUGUCCAGGCCCUUGUCAUUUCUAGGCUGGACUAUUGCAAUGCUCUUCUGGCUGGACUUCCAUCAAACACAGUCAAACCUCUACAAAUGAUUCAGAAUGCGGCGGCACGACUGGUCUUCAAGGAACCCAAAAGAGCCCAUGUUACACCUCUCUUUAUCUCAUUGCAUUGGCUACCAAUCGCAGCUCGCAUCAAGUUCAAGACACUGAUGCUUGCAUAUAGAACAACCACAGGCUCAGCACCCGCCUACAUGCACUCACUAUUAAUAAUCUACAUCCCCUCCAGAAGUCUGAGAUCUGCUAGUGAGCGACGCCUCGUGGUACCAUCACAAAGAGGCUCAAAAUCACUCUCCAGAACAUUCUCGUUCACCAUUCCUGGCUGGUGGAAUGAUCUUCCCACCCAUAUUUGGAGUGCUGGAUCCCUGUCAAUCUUCAAGCAACAGCUGAAAACUCAUCUCUUUCGACACUACUUGACUUCAACCUACACAUAAAAAAAAAAAAAAAUCUUUCUCCUUACUUAUUCCUUCCCUUGCUAGCUUGUACUUAUUUAAACAAUGCCUGAGACUUGGUGUUACAAGCACUUCCUUUGUCGGAUUGCCUCUUCAAGAUGAAUCGCUUCAUGUGUUCCCCAAAUUGUAAGUCGCUUUGGAUAAAAGCGUCUGCAAAAUGACUAAAUGUAAAUGUAAAUGUAAUAAACAACCGGAGAUGAAAUGUGACAGAAAAUCAGAUAUUGUUCAACUAGCUGAACAUGGCAAUGGAAGAAAAGUACAUAAUAAUAAUAAUAAUAAUGGUUUUAUGGUCAGGUGAAUUGAGGCAUGUUAUUGAAGCUGAAUUAAAGUUCAAGAAAAGUAAAAGAAAUACAAUUAGACUUUUUUUCUUAAAGUUGUGAUUCAAUGUGCUGUAUUUUUCUGCUAAAACAGCUCUGUAGAUGUUCUUCAUGUUUUUGAGCACUAGAUGGCAGCAGAAGUGUAGAAAACUCGAUGAAAGACCCAUAUGAAUAUACAGGUGCAUCUCAAUAAAUUAGAAUGUCGUGGAAAAGUUCAUUUCAGUAAUUCAACUCAAAUUGUGAAACUCGUGUAUUAAAUAAAUUCAAUGCACACAGAAGUA